UUCCAGGACAAGGUGCCGUAGUCGCCGUAGUGCAUGGGCAGUGUCAUAGUAUAUGGCGCUGGCGCCGGCAGACCCACCAAACCCAGCAAGCGACCGGGAGAUUUGUCGAAGGAAUGGAGUUGCUGUCGAAGAACGUUGCUUUGCGCAGGCCCCCAAUCCACAUUUCCCAACGAUAUAUCGCGCCAUCCACUAAAUAUGUAGUCUGCACGUGCUCGUUGUCACGCAUGGGAAAUCUGAGUCUGUUCAUUUCCACCAAACCGGGGGCCUUCCGCCCUGGCGCUGGCACUCGCUCCAACGCCUCAUUCUGUAUCCGAGCCUCGGAGUCUGACGGACUUGGCGGUGAUGCCGAAGAAGUCUCUAGAGACAAUGGGGACGAGGCAUUUUUUAUUCAAGAAGAAGGAAUUAGUUCGGAUCCUGAAUUGCGCAAAGGCAUCACAGAUUUCUCCUCAGUCCCUCGCCCAUCUGGUAGCGGGAAUCAGCUGACCCAGGAGCAGUUGCAGCAAGUUGUCAAUACGUUAUCCCAGUCUCUGGCAGUUCUAUCUUCGGCUCUGAGUGAGGUGUCGUCCGCUGUGAGAGUCUUGUCUGCGACUCUGAGCACGCAACAACUGAAUUCUGCCUCGGAGUCACUUGUUUCCGCCCAGACUGCCAGUGAGAGAGAAAUUCAACGCGAGGCCGAUGAAGAUCGCAAGGAUGAACCCGAUGCGCUCCCUGAGCAACCUGAACCAUGGGAUGCAACGCUGGGUUCCAGCGUCCCGACACGAAAUGUGCACGAGACUGACGACGCUGUUGAUGCCGACAACAGCGUACCUGACUAUCUGGUCGAACAGAACAGGGUGGCUCACAAGCUGGCUUACAGGCUGCAGCAGUCUUUUGUGCAGGCCCGCAUCGAGGGCUUGGGCAAACCAUUUCAGGUGGCAGUGGAAGAGUUCGCCGACACUUGUAUGGAAGCCCAUUCAGCAGGGAUCGGUCUGAAAGAGCUCCAACUUCAGUUGAUCUUGCAAGACGGGUCUUUAACAGGAGCUUUUGCCAUCCGCAACCAGAGAUUUACAAAUGAUCCUAUCUUCACUGAGACAAGCAGGAUUAGAUCACUCUGGGUUCGCCUUGUCUAUUCAACCCUAGCUGAGCUGGAGGAGAUGGAGAAGCCUCAAACAGAAGAGCGUAUUGAAGAGAAAAAGAUUUCCGAAGUUGAUGGAACUGAUACUUUUGUAAAACAAGUGCUCAAACUUUGCAUGGAAACGGGAUACAACCUUGAUCGAAUCAAACUGGAGCAGAGUUUUGCGGGAGAAACAACUUCUCCGUCGAUUAAGGCGAUGAGGCAGAAUCAGUACCUAAUACUCCUGGUUGUGGACAAGGUCCAGAAACGCAAGCAGGGUUAGAGUAUUACCAGAGGGACGAAGCAAAUAUCAGAGAUUAGAAGAAAUAUAUUGUUUUCUGUUGUGAUGACGAUCCAUCUCUGUUUGUAGAUACACUCCAGAUACCAAUCGCUCUUGUAAUGCGUUCUACAAGGAAAAUCUUAAUUAGUCGGCAGGAGGAUCACCCUUUCUUACAUGAUGUCUAUGUUUCCGACCAUUUUGUCUCAUAGAAUUUAUUCUUCAAGGAAAAUUACCUCCUUCGUAACUCAAUUGGAGGUUUUUCAAAA